GUCCGCCCCCCGCGCUCGUCCCGGCGGCCGGCGGGACGCCCAGCCCGCGCCCCGGAGCCUCGCAGCCAGCCCGCGCCGCGCCGGGAGCCGAGAGGCGCACUCGGGCCGGGACGUGAGAGAGACGAGGAGUUCCUCGAAAGGGACCGACUCGCGCCGCGCCCGGGAGGAAGGGCAGCGGACGCGCGGCCCACAGGGGUGGUGGCGCCCGGCCCCCCCGCGCCCCGCCGGCCCCCCGCGCCCCGGCCCCCUCGGCCCGCGGCAUGGCCCGGGGCUCCGCGCUGCCGCCACUGUGCGCCCCAGCCGUCUGGGUGGCCGCCGCGCUCCUGCUCUGCGUGCCCCGGACCUCAGGGGAAAUGGAGGUUCCGGACCCGAAUGACCCUCUGGGAGAGCUGGAUGGACAGGACGGCCCUAUUCCGACUCUGAAAGGCUACUUUCUGAAUUUUCUGGAGCCGGUGAACAACAUCACCAUAGUGCAAGGCCAGACGGCCAUCCUGCACUGCAAGGUGGCCGGAAACCCGCCCCCCACCGUGCGGUGGCUGAAGAACGAUGCCCCGGUCGUGCAGGAGCCGAGGCGCGUCAUCAUCCGCAAGACGGAGUACGGUUCUCGGCUUCGCAUCCAAGAUCUGGACACGACAGACACGGGCUACUACCAGUGCGUGGCCACCAACGGGGUGAAGACCGUUACCGCCACCGGCGUCCUGUUCGUGCGGCUCGGUCCAACACACAGCCCAAAUCAUAACUUUCAAGACGACUACCACGAGGACGGAUUCUGCCAGCCUUACCGGGGGAUCGCCUGUGCGCGCUUCAUCGGGAACCGGACCAUUUAUGUGGACUCCCUCCAGAUGCAGGGAGAGAUUGAAAAUCGAAUCACAGCGGCCUUCACCAUGAUCGGCACGUCCACGCACCUGUCGGACCAGUGCUCGCAGUUCGCCAUCCCCUCGUUCUGCCACUUCGUGUUCCCGCUGUGCGACGCGCGCUCCCGGGCGCCCAAGCCCCGCGAGCUGUGCCGGGACGAGUGCGAGGUGCUGGAGAGCGACCUGUGUCGCCAGGAAUACACCAUCGCGCGCUCCAAUCCUCUCAUCCUCAUGCGGCUGCAGCUGCCCAAGUGCGAGGCGCUGCCCCUGCCCGAGAGCCCGGACGCCGCCAACUGCAUGCGUAUCGGCAUCCCUGCGGAGAGGCUGGGCCGCUACCAUCAGUGCUACAACGGUUCCGGCACGGAUUACCGGGGGACCGCCACCACCACCAAGUCCGGGCACCAGUGCCAGCCGUGGGCCCUGCAGCUCCCGCACAGCCACCACCUGAGCAGCACGGACUUCCCCGAGCUCGGAGGGGGCCACGCGUACUGCCGGAACCCCGGGGGGCAGAUGGAGGGCCCCUGGUGCUUCACGCAGAAUAAAAACGUACGCAUGGAACUGUGUGACGUACCCCCUUGUAGCCCCCAGGACAGCAGCAGGAUGGGAAUUCUGUACAUCCUGGUUCCCAGCAUCGCGAUUCCCCUGGUCAUCGCUUGCCUUUUCUUCCUGGUCUGCAUGUGUCGGAAUAAGCAGAAGGCCUCUGCGUCCACACCACAGCGGCGGCAGCUGAUGGCCUCUCCCAGCCAGGACGUGGAGAUGCCUCUCAUCAACCAGCAUAAGCAGGCCAAGCUCAAGGAGAUCAGCCUGUCCUCGGUGAGGUUCAUGGAGGAGCUCGGGGAGGACCGGUUCGGGAAGGUCUACAAAGGCCACCUGUUCGGCCCGACGCCGGGGGAGCAGAGCCAGGCCGUGGCCAUCAAAACGCUGAAGGACAAAGCGGAGGGGCCGCUCCGGGAGGAGUUCCGGCACGAGGCCAUGCUGCGGGCGCGGCUGCAGCACCCCAACAUCGUGUGCCUGCUGGGCGUGGUGACCAAGGACCAGCCGCUCAGCAUGGUGUUCAGCUACUGCUCGCACGGGGACCUCCACGAGUUCCUGGUCAUGCGCUCGCCACACUCGGACGUGGGCAGCACCGACGACGACCGCACGGUGAAGUCCACCCUGGAGCCCCCCGACUUCGUGCACGUUGCAGCGCAGAUCGCCUCGGGCAUGGAGUACCUGUCCAGCCACCACGUGGUCCACAAGGACCUGGCCACCCGCAACGUGCUCGUGUACGACAAGCUGAGCGUGAAGAUCUCGGACCUGGGGCUGUUCCGCGAAGUGUAUUCGGCCGACUACUACAAGCUGAUGGGGAGCGCGCUCCUGCCCGUACGCUGGAUGUCUCCCGAGGCCAUCGUGUACGGCAAGUUCUCCGUGGACUCGGACAUCUGGUCCUACGGCGUCGUCCUGUGGGAGGUCUUCAGCUACGGCCUGCAGCCCUACUGCGGGCACGCCAACCAGGACGUGGUGGAGAUGAUACGCAGCCGGCAGGUGCUGCCUUGCCCCGACGACUGCCCGGCCUGGGUGUAUGCCCUGAUGCUCGAGUGCUGGAACGAGUUCCCCAGCCGGCGGCCCCGCUUCAAGGACAUCCACGGCCGGCUCCGGGCCUGGGGCAACCUGUCCGCCUACAACAGCUCGGCGCAGACCUCGGGGGCCAGCAAUGCCACGCAGACCAGCUCCCUGAGCACCAGCCCGGUCAGCAACGUCAGCAACGCCCGCUACGGGGGGCCCAAGCCGAAGGCCCAGCCCUUCCCGCAGCCCCCGUUCAUGCCCAUGAAGGGCCAGAUCAGGCCCAUGGUGCCCCCUCCCCAGCUCUACAUCCCCGUCAACGGGUACCAGCCCGUGCCAGCCUACGGGGCCUACCUGCCCAACUUCUACCCAGUCCAGAUCCCGAUGCAGAUGGCCCCACAGCAGGUGCCCGCCCAGGUGGUCCCCAAGCCUGGCUCCCACCACAGCGGCAGCGGCUCCACCAGCACGGGCUACGUCACCACCGCGCCCUCCAACACGUCCAUGGCGGACAGGGCAGCCCUGCUGUCCGAGGCCACCGAGGACGCACAGAACACCCCAGAGGACGCGGCCCAGAGCCCUGUGCAGGAAGCCGAGGAGGAGGACGGCUCUGUCCCGGAGACCGAGCUGCUGGGGGACAAUGACACUCUGCAGAUGGAUGAGGCCGAGGGCCAGCUGGAAGCUUGAGGGGCAACGGGCCGCCGGGCACCCGGGGAGGCUUGGGCAACCCCCACCGGGCUGGUUUGCGGUGUCACCGUGCGAAAUCUGUUCCUCCGUCAUCCUCUUGUGCACAGAGCUGCCGCGGUGGCCACUCGUGGUUGGAGGGUGUGGGUGCUCGUGGCACCCAGCCGGGCGGGGGCAGGGGCCCGGGAAAAUGGGUGGCACCCACCUGCACGGCCUGCAUUCCCUGAGGUCAGACCGGCGGUGCUCUCUGCCCGUGCUCGGCAGGAACGUAGGUGGCAUCUUCCCUCCACGUUGGCAUAUGGAUCGAAUGUGAUGAAACUUUGGGAAAACAGGCCCCGGGGGGCAGCGAGGUGCGACCUCGGGCUUUGAGAUUCCCGGCGGCUGGCCUGUGUGAGGCCGGGGGAGGCCUGCCUUCUCCCCGCCGCCCCCCCCCGGCCAGGGUCAGUCUCCCCCUUCAGCCACCCAGGAUCGGCGGGAACAGGAUGCUGCCACCGACCAGCGUCCCACGAGCCCGGGGCUCCUGCGGUGGGAGUUCGGUGUGCCUUCAAUGAAAAUGUGCCUUAAAAAAGAGAAACCCACCGAUGGGAUUUUGUAUCUUUGUGAAAUGGUUUGAAUUCUCCCGCAUGUGUAUCUUGCCCACUUUUCUGGAAAGCGUUUCUUGGGUUUGGAAACGUGAGGAGCGACGUCGUACAGAGCACGGUGUUGUUCUUUUGUGUCUUGAGAAUCACGUACAGGCCCGGAAACUGUAACUUAUGUGGUUUCUGCACCAUUUGCCUUGAAGUAUUGUGCGCUUUAGUAAUUUAACCGUUGGUGCCACCCGCGCCGGGAUGCCACCGGAUCUUGCUCGUGCGUUCGUUUGCUUGCGCUCCUGCCACGUGGAGGCGAGGUCCGCUCCUGUCCCAACUGGCGGGAGAGAACGCUCAGUCACAGCGCGACCCCCGCAUCCCGGUGGCUCUCACUUGUAACUCCCAUACCUGGCGUAUCCAAUA